AUGUUAGCAAAAAUUUGUUCAUGUGAAAAUUUGGAAUAUAAUUACAACUGGAAUAAGUUGAUGGAGGGAGUGAACGUAGAUUGCUUAGUAGAUUGGCAAGUCAAUGCAUUUUUCCAGCAAGAUCUUAGGAUCGCAGUCAUCCUGAUCCUGGGCGUAUCCCUCGGCAUCCUGGUCGGCUGCUCCCUCCUCCUCGUCACCGUCUGCUUCUACCGGAGGCGAUCGAAGUUCGCGAGCAACAGUUGCGCCACGACGGCCGCCUCACUGACUUCAACUGCCAACACGACUUUGUACGCACCAUGCCAGCAACAAGCACAACUUGAUAACAGCAACAAAAUUUACGAAUUUCAUCAAGCACAAACGCUGCUGCAACAAAAUUAUUCAGUUAACAACAUCAACAACAACAUCAAAAUGUUGCCGCAACAGUCGUUUCCAGCCACAAAUCAACAACUUCUGAUGCAACCAUGCACUCCUCACCUCGCUCGCACCUUGAACAAACCACCCCUACUGGGCAGCAAUGUUGUUGGCAACGACAAUCUUCUCAGAAACAGCAACAAUAAAAUAUUUGAAGCAGGAGCCGCCACUACAUCAGCGAUUGAUGUCGCUCCGUUGUUGCUGGCCGACAACAAACUGUCGUACAACUAUCCAACAACAGCUACGACAACAACUUCAAUUUUAAAAAACAAAAACAUCAACAUCAACAGCGGUGGCUGUGGAAAAAUAUUCACUAACCUACCACCUCCACCACCGACGACCACGACAUUCAACUCCCCUCACUUACCUCACCGCCACGUUCCACCAGUCGUCACCAACCGAUCAAAAUCCGUGGAAUCAGACGGUGGGAACAUCGGGACUUCCGCCUGUCUGCUGGCAGUGUCCGCCGAGAAGCAACAGCGCAACAUCCUCCAUUCAUUCCCCAACCAAGCUGAUCACCAUAUUUAUGAAAUUGCCGGAUGA